AUGCCACCGAAGCUAUCGAAAAGUGACAAACAGGAUCUCAUUGUGGCGCAUCUUCGGGCGUCUGGCACCUGUCACACACUGAAAGAUCUGGAGAAAUCACUCCCAUCAGUAGCCUCGAUCAACAGCAUCCAGGUCAAAGAAUACAUCCAAGCACUAACGGACGAGAACCGAACCCGAAUCGAAAAGAUCGGCAGUGGGAACUGGUACUGGAGUUUUGGCAGUGAUGAAAGAAUCCAACACGAACGCCAGUUGGGCCGGGUGAAGACGGAAGUGGAGCAGGCCCGCCAGAGCAGAACCGACGCGGCGGAGGCCCUCGCCACUGAAACCACGCGACGGGAGGAAGAGGCCGAUUCCGGGCUUGAACGUGAAUCAGAGCGCAUGGCACUGCAGGAGCAAAGAGCCGAGCUCCAGGCGGUGGUUGAUCGGCUUCGAGCAGAAACAGCGGCAGCACAGCCCGGUGGUGGAGGGGGAGGUGGCGGUGGACUCGAUUCAGUACGCAACAAGGGUGUCCUGCAAGUUCGAGAGGAGCUAGCGGGGUUCAGGCAACAGGCACUACAAUGGACCGAUAAUAUCUAUGUCUUGGAAGAAUAUCUGCGUCGGCUGGCGAGCGGGGACCGGGAGAUUAUCAAUGCGGUCCAACGCGACUGUUAUGGAGACGAAUACGUGGAUGGGGGCUUACGCGAACUAAGCUAA